AUGCGUGCCCCGCAUACUCGAGACGUCAUGGAGGCGAAGAAGGUCGAGGAAACGCGUGCUCUGGUGUGUCAUGCACGUGAUCUACUGCGGUAUCAGCUCGUUGCUGCACCUCACCGCCCACUGUGUAUUGAUGAGGAGAGCGAGCUGCGCCUUGCACUGCAGCAGCUCCUGCCCUGCCUCUCCAUUAUUCGGUCUUACGAGCAGGAGUAUACCUACCUCUCCACGUACGAGCUUACAAUCAGCGCUGUCGGGCAAGUUCUCGGGAGCCUUGCAGCGGCGGCGACGACGGUGAACGCAGAGGAUAGGCAGCUCGUGAAAGCAAGGCAUGACGCGGAGCACCACAGGAAGGAGGAUACCCCCGAAGCGUCGGCAACACUGUCAACGCCGACGGCGCCAUUGGGGGCGGCAGCGGCCUUUGUCCCCGCAUCCUGCGCAAGACAGGCCGCAGCGACUGCUUCCUCAGUGACGUGGAAGAACACGUACGGAUGCGAUGACGCCAUUCUCGCCUUGCGUCAAGCCACGACGCUGCCGCUGCAGCACCCGUCUUUGUUUACUGGCCCGCGCCAACCAUGGCGCCGCCUGUUGCUCUAUGGGCCGCCUGGCACCGGCAAAACUCGUCUGGCCGCUGCGACAGCAGCCGAGUACGGUGCCAUGUUUCUCAGCGUUUCUGCCGCGGACUUGCUGAGCAAGUGGGUCGGAGAGAGCGAGAAGCAAGUACGCCAGGCAUUCAUGCAAGCCGCCGCUUCCGCCCCGCGGUGCGUCCUCUUCUUUGACGAAGUCGAUGCCCUGUGCAGCGCGCGCGGCGGUCACGGGGAGAGCGAACUGGCGCGCCGGCUCAAGACGGAGCUCCUGCUCCACCUGCAGAUGGACCUGCCAGCGGUGACGGUACUGGCAGCCACGAACUUGCCAUGGGAGCUGGAUGCGGCAUUUCUUCGCCGAUUUGAUCGCUUUAUUCACGUCAGCCUCCCCUCCGAUGCGGUGAAGCGCCGGCUCUUGGGGUCCGAAUUGCGCGGCGUGGCUCACACCAUCAGCGACGACGCGCUGGACCGCAUUGUAGCACAGACGGAUCGCUUCUCGGUGGUCGAUGUGCGGCGGUUGCUGUUGCACGCAGUAAUGGCGCCGGUGACGGAGUGGCUGCGGCUGACUCGAGCCACGGUCGACGACCGCAGCAGCAACAGCAGAGACAGCGCUGAGGCGGGAAGUGAUGGAAUCGAUGUGCUCUGCACCGCCGCCGCCGCCACUGCACCGGCGCCCCUCCUCCAUCGUACCUCACCCUCACGCACGCACACAGAGUUGAAACACCGAUCAGUGUACUGUCUUGCAGACACGGAAGUCCUCGGUGCCGGCGUGCGAAGCGUGACCUCAGGAACAGAGAGCAUACCGUCUCCUUGCAGCUCACCGCGGCCAUCUUCUCCGGUGAGUCCCGAGCGCUGCCCAUCAAAGCAUUCUUCCUCACUUCCGCACUGUCGGCUCCCGGGCCGCCACGCCAGCGACGUGCCUUUUGUGGAGUAUCGCCACUUUGAAAGUGCGCUGCAAGCAAUCACGGCCACCACUUCCGCCGAGGAAAUCGCGCGCUACGCCACAUGGCGCUGUCGCGGUGCCGGCGUGUAG